AUGUUCGCGACGACUUUGACAGCAUCGGAAUCCACCUUGCACCCUUCCCUUCACCUCGUCUCCCCCACUCCACCCGCCACCCCACCCAUCACCCCGACCACACCACUCCGGCCAUCCAUGGCGCCCGGAGAUCCGCCGCCCGCGCCCGUGGCCAAGGUGUCGGAUGUCAUUUCGACCUUCCGGCCCACCCGCCAAUUCAAGGCACCGCAAGGCACAAGCUACACAUCUGUCGAUUUUGACGAUGGCGGCGAGUUUCUGCUACUCUCGCGCACCGACGACACCAUCCAGCUGUACAACACCAAGGCCGGCGCUCAUGCUAAAGAGCUUAAGUCGCAAAAGUACGGCAGCGCCCUGGCUCGCUUCACCCACCACAGCACGUCCAUCAUCUACGCUUCGACCAAGAUAGACGAUGGCAUCCGCUAUCUCUCCAUGCACGACAACAACUUCAUUCGAUACUUUCGCGGACAUAUAGGAAGGGUGACCAGCCUCAGUCUCAACCCCAGCAAUGACACAUUCUUGAGCACCAGCAUGGACAACACGGUCAAACUGUGGGAUGUGCGGUCCUCCAGUGCCCAGGGUCAGCUCAACUUCGAGUCUCCAUGGUUGAGCACAUACGAUCCGAGCGCCACGGUCAUCGCCGUUGCCAGCCCGCCUGCUCAGACCGUGCAUCUCUACGAUUUGCGCAACUACGACAAGCCGCCGUUUGCGACCUUUGAUCUCAAUAGCCUGGAAGCUCGUUUUGAGUCCAAAGGUCAGCGCCAAGGUGCAGGCUGGACAGGAAUGGAAUUUAGCAAUAACGGCAAGCUGUUGCUGAUCUCCACCAAUGGCCCAGGGCAUUAUCUCCUCGAUGCCUUUACGGGUGACUUGGUUGCUUACCUACAACGGCCAAGCGGGCCCGACCCGGCACAUCUUGCGCCUGGAGACGACUUGCCAAAUCAUGAGCCAGACAGUCCGACGCCGUCGUUCGUCCAAGCUUCGGCAUGCUUCUCGCCCGACGGAAAUUUUGUGGUGGGUGGUAAUGGCAGAGCGAACGGCCUCUCGGUGUGGGAUGCUACCAUAGUCAGCAACCGGCCGGAUAAAGCCCUGGAGCCCAUGGCAGAUCUCCCGAGCCAGCGUCCAAGCAAGCUUGUGGCUUACAAUCAACGGUACAACUUGCUCGCGAGCGCUGAAAAGGAGGUCACACUGUGGUUGCCCGAUAACGAUGCUGCAUGA